AACUACCUGACAGCUCGGCCGUCUUCGUUCCCAAACACAAAACCUGUCUUUGCCCUAAUUCAAUCCCCAUCAUCAAAAUUCAACCAUCUCCCUUCUUUCUUCAUUCUAGUAAUCGAUCAAAUAGAUCGAUUUUAAUCCCUUCAAUUGAAUCCAAGAAUCUGGGUUUUUCUGUAUAACUUUUUUUUUCCCGAAAUGGAUUCGAGCAGGCGAGCGGUGGAAUCUUAUUGGAGAUCGCGGAUGAUAGAUGGGGCUACAUUGGACGAAGACAAAGUAACGCCCGUUUAUAAGUUAGAAGAGAUCUGCGAGCUCUUGAGAUCGUCUCAUGUUAGUAUCGUUAAAGAGGUCUCCGAGUUUAUAUUGAAACGACUCGAUCACAAAAGCCCCAUCGUCAAACAAAAGGCUUUGAGGUUGAUAAAAUAUGCAGUGGGGAAGUCUGGUGUGGAUUUUAGGAGAGAAAUGCAGAGGAACUCUGCCGCUGUGCGUCAGUUAUUUCAUUACAGAGGGCAACCGGAUCCUUUGAAGGGCGAUGCUCUCAAUAAGGCUGUUCGGGAGACAGCUCAUGAAGCUAUUUCUGCUAUAUUUGCAGAGGACAAUAAUCCCAGUAAGCCUUCUCCUGCAGAUGACCUUAACAAACGAAUACAAGGAUUUGGGAACACAAACUUUGAAAUGCCCCCGGAUGAUAAGAAAUCAUUUCUAAGUGAGGUAGUUGGCAUUGGAAGUGCUUCUAUCAAGCAUGGAAUUAGUAGUUUCACUCAGGGUCAUUCACUAAGAAAGAAUGAUAAUGGAAACUACAAAAGCCCUACUCUUCGAAGGUCAUUGACUAGAGAAAUUGACCAUUCUGAUAGGUACGAACCUGUUGAUUUGCACAAUGAAACUCAAAGGGUUUCUGGGAGUUCUGCUAGUGGACCUUGGGGCCAGGAUUCAGGAGUAUUAAAGACAGAAAUUACAAAUGGAGAAUCUAACUUGAAUAAAGCGACUAAAAGUCGUGAAGAGAGAUUGUUGGAAACAAUAGUGACAUCUAGUGGUGUUCGUCUGCAGCCUACUCGAGAUGCAAUUCAGGCUUUCCUUGUGGAGGCUGCAAAGCUCGAUGCUUUGGCUUUAAGUCAUGCCCUUGAAUCUAAGCUUCUAUCUCCAAUGUGGCAGGUUCGCAUGAAAGCUGUAUGUGUGCUUGAGUCCAUUUUGAGGAAAAAGGAAGAUGAACAUUUCUUAAUUGUGGCUUCUUAUUUUACCGAGAACAAAGAUGUUCUUUUGAGAUGUUCCGAGUCUCCCCAGACUUCCCUCAGAGAAAAGGCCAACAAGGUGUUCAUCCUUUUGAAUGGGGAACAACAUGGUGUUUUGGCAAGUAAUUCAGAAAAGUAUUUGAAGGCUGAGACCACUCCUGUUCAAAUGCCUGAUCUGAUCAACACUGGUGAUCUAGAUGAUUACAAUGGACUGGAUACUUCUGAAAAACACCAACAUGACCUAAAUACUGCAGUACGGACAGCAACACUGCUUAUUGAUGACUUAUUUGGAGAUGGUAUAGACACUGGUCUCAGCACCAGGGAACUGAAAAAUGAUGAUGAUCCCUUUGCAGAUGUCUCAUUUCACACCGGUGAGGGUAGAGAAAAUGUGGAUAAUCUCUUCUCUGGGAUGACUGUAGAUGACAAGUCAGCUGUGAGUGGUAAUUGUUUGGCUGCAAACGAAAAAUCUGAACUAAUUGAUAUCUUUGGGACCAAUUCUGAUACUCCAUUUGAGCUAGCGAAUAAAAAAACUGAUGUUAACGAUUUAGUGGCUGGCUUGUCUAUGAAUGAGAAUCCAUCUAAUUUGAAGAAGAAAGGAAUCUUUUCUGAGGUGCAUCCUGAAGAUAUAUUUGCCAAUAUCAACACUCAUUCUAGCCAUCAAGCUUCUAAUGAUGCUUUGAGUGGUCUUCUUGGCUCCCAAACAAGUGGGAUGAAUUCAAACACAAUGCUUCCUUUAGGGACCAUGCCAUAUUCCAUACCUCCUGGAUUAAUGUUGAACCCAACCUUUUCUCGGCCUAUGAAUUAUGGUGCUAUGGGGAGUUUCUUUGCUCAGCAGCAAUUACUUGCAACAAUGUCCAACUUACAACACUUUGGUAAUCUUAAUGCACAAAAUGGUGGCUUUAAUAAUGUUUCAAGUGGAUCUAAUGGAGGAUCACCUCUUCCUGAUAUAUUCCAGUCAAAUUUUCCAACUCAAACACCCAGUUCAAUGCUGAACAGUUCAAAGAAAGAGGAUACCAGAGUAUUUGAUUUUAUUUCGGACCAUAUUGCAGCUGCUCGUGAUCCAAAGAGGACGGCAUAAUGUUACUGUGCCGGAAUGGACUUACCGUCUUGGAAUCUCCAGGGCACUCCAAUGAUGGUAAUUAUUCAUCUGAAAUUGGAUCAGUGAUGUUACAUGCAUCUUCGACCCUUGCAUUGCAUUUAAUAUAAGUGUGAGGGAUAUCCUUGAGCAUAGGCUAUAUACUCUUAGGCUUGUUUGUAAUUGAGAUGAAGGAAAAUUGGGAAAAUGUUGUCCAGUUGCAAUUAGAUGGUUUAGUACUCAUUUAUGAUAAUGAUUCUUUUGUAAUGGAUUUGUAGAGUUGUACUUCCAGUUUCCCCUAGAAAAGCUUG